CAUUAACAGAGGUGCAAUUUGGACCAAUGAAGUUAUUUAAAGACCCACUUCAGGUACUUUUAGUUUUUGCCAAAGAGGACAGUCAGAGUAAUGGCUUCUGCUGGGCAUGUGAGAAGGCUAACUUCAGGUGCAGCAUGGCGCGGACACCGGAGUCGGCUCUUGAAUGCUUCUUGGAGAAGCAUCACGACCUCGUCAUCAUUGACCACAGACAUUCCAGACACUUUGACGCUGAAGCACUAUGCCGGUCAAUUAGAGCAGUCAACUCUUCAGAAAACACUGUGAUAGUCGCCGUUGUGAAAAGGCCAGACAGAGAGGAAGCCUCUGUGAUGCCCCUGAUCAAUGCCGGCUUUAAUAGGAGAUAUGUGGAGAAUGGCAAUAUGAUGGCCUGCUACAAUGAGCUGCUACAGUUGGAGCAUGGAGAGGUGCGGGCGCAGUUCAAACUGAGGGCUGGAAAUGCUAUUUUCACAGCUAUAGAACAAAGCCAAGAGGCCAUAGAGAUCACCUCUGAAGAUCAAGUUAUUCAAUACGUGAACCCUGCCUAUGAGUCCAUUAUGGGCUACCAACAAGGCGAGCUAAUAGGGAAGGAAAUAAUAGAAGUGCCUAAAAGUGAGAAGAAUAAGCCUGAUCUCCUUGAAACAAUAAACUCCUGCAUACGGAAAGGAAAGGAGUGGCAGGGGAUUUAUUAUGCCAAAAAGAAGAAUGGAGACAGCAUUCAGCAAAAUGUGAAGAUCACACCUGUAAUUGGACAGGGAGGAAAAAUCAGACACUAUGUGUCUAUCAACAGGCCUUUAAAUGAUAAUAAUAAGAGUGAUAAAUCCAGUGAACGUGUGCAGGCAGAGUCUCAGACAGACAUCCAAUCCAGUAAGCACAAAGACCGGAGGAAAGGCUCUCUGGAUGUCAGAUCCACAACUUCUCGGGGGAGCGAUGGGAGCUCACAGCGAAGGCACUCCUCAAUGGCCCGCAUCCACUCCAUGACUAUAGAAGCUCCUAUCACCAAGGUAAUCAACAUCAUCAAUGCAGCACAGGAAAGCAGCCCCAUGCCCGUAGCAGAAGCCUUGGAUCGCGUACUGGAGAUCCUGAGGACCACUGAGCUCUACUCCCCGCAAUUGGGAACCAAGGAUGAAGACCCCCACACAAAUGACCUCGUGGGGGGGCUGAUGACGGAUGGUUUACGCAGAUUGUCAGGAAAUGAAUACAUAUUUUCCACAAAACAGCCCCACCACAUCCCCAGUCACCUGACAACUCCUCUGUCGUUAAACGACAUCCCCCCUCGUAUCGCCCAAACCAUGGAGAAUGAGAACUCUUGGGACUUUGACAUCUUCAACUUGGAAGCUGCAACCAUAAAACGGCCUUUGACCUACUUGGGCCUGAAGAUCUUCUCCCGCUUUGGGGUCUGCGAGUUCCUAAACUGCCCUGAGGCAACUUUGCGCUCCUGGCUACAAGUGAUUGAAGCUAACUACCACUCCAGUAACUCCUACCACAACUCCAGUCAUGCAGCUGAUGUCCUGCACGCAACAGCAUAUUUUCUCUGCAAGGAGAGGGUCAAGCAAAGUUUGGAUCCCAUUGACGAGGUGGCCGCCCUGAUCGCUGCUACUGUGCAUGAUGUGGACCACCCAGGCCGCACCAACAGCUUCCUGUGCAACGCAGGAAGCGAGCUGGCCAUCCUCUACAAUGACACAGCUGUGCUAGAGAGUCACCACGCAGCACUGGCCUUCCAGAUCACCACACGAGACGAUAAGUGCAACAUCUUCAAGAACAUUGAAAGGAAUGAGUAUCGAACACUACGACAGGCCAUCAUUGAUAUGGUGCUUGCCACUGAGAUGACUAAACACUUUGAACAUGUCAACAAAUUUGUCAACAGCAUCAACAAGCCACUGGCUGCUUUGGAGGAGAAUGGGGGAAACAAUGAUGAGGAAUCUGUCAAAGGCAUUCUGACAUCCCCUGAGAAUCGCAUCCUUGUCAAGCGAAUGCUGAUUAAGUGUGCAGAUAUAUCCAAUCCAUGCAGGCCUCAGGAGCUCUGUAUAGAAUGGGCCGGACGCAUCUCGGAAGAGUAUUUUGCACAGACGGACGAGGAGAAGAGACAAGGUCUACCGGUGGUUAUGCCUGUGUUCGACAGAAACACAUGUAGCAUCCCAAAGUCCCAGAUUUCCUUCAUAGACUACUUCAUUACGGACAUGUUUGAUGCAUGGGAUGCUUUUGCAGACCUCCCCAAUCUUAUGCAGCACUUGGACAACAACUUCAAGUACUGGAAAGGCCUGGAUGAGAGGAAGCUGCACAGCCUGCGACCGCCUCCAGAGUAGGUGCUGCAGUGUUCGGCCCCGGGACUCUUCAGUCCGGGGCAGCCGUCCUCUCUCCCGCUGGGGCUUCUCUCUCCCUGCCAGCCCAGCCAGCCAAAAGGGCCUCCUCGCCUUCACUCUCCUGCUUCUGUAGCACGCCAAGCGUCCACACGUCCGUCGAUACAGAAACCACAGAAGGACUUCCUGACGGGCAGUUGCAGCAGUAACACUGUUGGCUUUACAGCCCUGUCAGAUGAGAACUGUGACAAACAGACACGGACACAAACGGUAUCCUUAUGAACUUCUUGUGCCUCUCAGGCAUUCGCAGUGUAGCUGGUCGAGUGACAUAACUGAGAGAGGAGUCCUUACAGGCCUCCUGGCAAAGCAUCCGUCCCCUAAUUACCACGUGGGCUCUCCUGUUUGCCUGUGAAGUUGAGUAAAAACUGCUUGUUUAUAGAAGGAGCGAGCAACACUGGAGGGGUGGAUGGAAGUAUGGUCUGGAUAUGAAGGUGUCCAAUCCUCGUCAGGCCAUAUCACCUUUGACCUCCAUCCCUGUGCUCAGAGCAAGGCAGGACUGCUCCUUCUGCCCCUGGAGGCCACACCAUGAAAGAACACUCCACUGCUUUUUUUUUUUUUUUUUUUU